GUUUUGCUGUGGUGGUAACGCUUUUUUUCAGUCAAAUGUAUAAAGCGUAUAGAAUUUAAGCAUUUAAUUUCGACAGAAGUGUCGGUGCAAUCUCUGCAAAAUGAAUUGUCCAAAUCAUUAUUAUAAUUGGCUAGUGGACAGUGAACAGUUGAAUUGCCAUGUCAUUUCCUUGGCAACAAAAGCUGCCACAUGGCAGUGUUAGAAGUCUUCCUAAAGGAAAGCUUCAGCAGUAUAAACAAUUCUUCGAUAGUUUGGAGAGAAACAAUAGUAACUCUUCAGACGUUUCAAUUGGCAAUCGGAGUCCUUCACAUUCAUCUAAUGGGAGCUUGGAUACUGACUCUGAUAAAAACAAUGAACGGGAAGACAUAAGAAAUUCAGAAGAAGAUUUAGAGCCAAGAUCAAGUGAUAUAGAAAACCUAAGCAAGUUUCCCACCCCAUCCCCAAGAAACUCUUUAAAAAAGAAAACUGAUGAAGAUAUGGAAAAACAAUCUGCAUCAGAACUGCAUGAGAAGUUUGAACAGAUCAGUGAUAGAAAAAAUAUUGUAAGCAACAUACGCAGCAGGUUUGAAGACAAUGCAGCAUCAGCUUGUGUUACACAACCAGUCAAAAGAAGUGAUGUAAACAUCAAGCCUAGAAUUCCUAGUCCCAGGCGUGUGUCUCCCAGAGCAAGAAAUGAUAACGAACAGUCUGGCAAAGACACAUCUCCAGAGUGUGUAAAAAGACAAAAUCCUGCUUCCAACAUAGAUUCUGAGCAUGUGUACUCACGAAUUUGGGCUGCAGGAGAUAAAAAGGAAAUUGGAAAGCAAAACAAUGUGCCAAGACCUAUUACAGUUUCUGAAAGAGCAAAACUUUUUCAAAGUGAAGGAAAUUCAACAAAACCAACACGUCCUCCCCCACCAUUAAGGCAGAAAUCAAAUUCAGAAGAUGAAACCUCCAGUAACCCAGACAGUCAUGACAAGAAAGUCCCUCCGCCUAGGCCCCCAUUUAGGAUCCGACCAAACACUGAUGAUCAUCCUAUUGAAGAUGAUUCAGCAUCACCAAAGAAACUCCCACCUCCGUCCAAACCCCGAAGAACCGGCGCUCAUGAUGAGUACAUUAAGGUUAAGCUUGAAAAAGAAGCAUGUGAACAAAAAGUAAUUGUUGAUGAAGAUCAUGGAGUGUGUGAUACUAGUGCCAAAGUAAACAGUGUUGGGUUGGAGAGUGUUAGUGUUCCCAAAAGACAAAAGCCAACAAGGCCACCUCCUUUGCUAAAAAAGCAACUGAGACCUUUUUCAAUAGCAACCGAUAAUUUUAUUGAUUUUAAAAAAUCUAUGGAAAAGGGUUCUUCUUCUGAAGAAGAAGAGCUUAGACCAGACACAACUGGUGAUCUGUUUUUUGAUGAGUCAGCUCCAUCAUCCAAGGUGGAGGCAACUUUGGGAACCAACGAGCUAAUCAAACACUGGGAUCUCCCGCGUAUUUCACAUCCAGAACCUAAGAUCUUACGGAGAAGUCGUAGUGCUGACAUCGUUCAGAAGGCAGUGGAUGAUGAUGGUGAAGUUGUAUACAUGGACCCUGAGGCCUUGCAUCUCAAUGACAAAUCACAGCCAGGUUACGACAUCUAUUUGGACCCCGAAGGAUAUGCUGUCCCAAACCGUCUGGUGAAAAGGAAAACAUCGUCAGGAUCAGAUGACAUAGAUGUGUCCAGACCCAUAGGUGAUCGCUUUAAAUCAAAGAUACGCAAAUUUAAGAACCUUUUCUCAGAGCAAGAUAAACCAUCGAAAUCCCCUCCACCCAUUAAAAGCCAGGGCAGCCAGAGGCGCCGUAUUGAGCUGAUUCGCAAGAAGGUGAACCAGGCCUUCGAAGUCCUUCAGAGUUCCUUACGGCCAAAAGAAGCAGACGACACUAUUCAAACACAGACAGAAACUCAAUCAAAUGACUCUGACAGUAGGGUGGAUGAGAAAGAAAUCAGAAAACGUGUUGAGUAUUCUCGGAGCGUUCGAUAUAAGACUCAAAAGAAUUUUGUUGAAUCACGUCGAUUGGCAAAGAAAGUUUACCCGCAGAUGUUCGAGCAUGCCAUAAUUGUCAGCCUGAACUACAAUGAGACGAAGCAGAAAUAUGAGCCCUACAUUGUCUACAAAUUCCCAGAAAUACGCAAUUAUAGGCUCACUAUGGAGGGGAAGCUAUUUCCAUGUUCAGAGGCGAAGGAUAGCAAUGUGUCAGUGCCACUGUUCUGUUUCCCGGAUGCUGCAAAUUUUAAACCAUCAUCUUCAUCCAUGACCAAAAGCCAGUCUUACAACUUUGUGUUGACAAAUUUUGAUGGAGGACGGGUUUAUGGAUACUGUCGAAGAUUUGUGCCACCCAAGUCUGCAGAGAGAAUUCCAGAAGUUAUCUGUAUCAUGAGCCCUGUGGAUGCAUUCACAAUGUACAAUGAGCUCUUGAUGCACAUUGAGGAGAAGCGUGCUAUCUCCCUUCACAGCGCACAGGAGUUGAUAGCGGCCACAUUUGGUAGGCCACUACCCCAGCCUGGCCAGACAGAAACUAUACGGACACUGGAUGUGGAAGGGGAGAUGGAGACGCUGUUUCUCACUCGUGAUGCAGACAAUCGCUUUGACAAUGCCAAUGUAGACUGCCUGCUAACCCACCUGGGUGUAGACAAGCUGUUGAAGGUGUUUGCAUCCAUCCUACUGGAGAGAAGUGUCCUCUUCUGUGCCAAACAUCUAAGUGCGUUGUCUUCCACCAUUCACGCCAUUGUGUCGCUGCUUUACCCGUUCUCAUGGCAACACACGUUCAUCCCCCUGCUGCCCUCAGACAUGAUUGAGGUCAUCUGCUCCCCUACCCCCUUCAUCAUCGGUAUCACCUCCUCUCUCAUCAACAAGGCUCAAGAAUUGCCACUGGAAGAGAAUGUGCUGAUAUUUGAUAUUGACAAGAAGGAGUUCCGGCAGUCUCUUGGGGACGAGGGCACUCUCCUGCCUAAGAAGAUAGAAAAGGCCCUUAAGAGCUCCCUGAACAUGUGCAGAGUGGACGCAGAAGCCAAAUCUAGUCCAAAUUUGAUGAUAUCGGAAGCGUUCCUGCGUUUUUUUGUUGAGGCAGUUGGCCAUUACGGACAGUUCAUUGUCACACAAUCUGAUGGAACUAAAUCAUUUCAGAAAGACAAUUUUGUUAAAGGAGCACAAACGUCAGGUUUGCAGCAGUUACUUGAGUGGUUUGUGGAGACGCAGAUGUUUGAAGUCUUUCUCACCAGGCAAUUGGAGAGCAAGCACUGGGGAAACACCAUAGAGACUAAAAGCAUUGAAGUAUUCCAGACUCGAAUACAGGAGCACAUGGCAGCUAACCAGGCGGUGAAGCGCAGACUUGUCAAGAAAUCAUAGUUAAUUCAGCAGUCUUGUUUGUCACUGAAACUGAAAAUGUAAGAUCUCAUUAGAGGGCAAUUUUGACAUGUGGAUCACAUACCAACAGCUGAGCUUUGAUAAAAUGUUUUACUCUAAAUGCUUCUCUUUACUUGUCUGUGUAUUUGUUAUAUCAAUUUACAUUGACCAUAAAGUUUUAAACUGUUCAUGGUGAUUGUUAAUUUUAAAGAAAUUGUCAAAUCCAACACAAGUAUGGGUUUUUAAUCUUAUGUCAUUGUUUGCAGUGUACAUUGUUUAGACCUAAAUUUGUACAUUCUAAAUUGUAUUACUUAAAAUAUUUAUUAAUUAAAUUAUAUAUUGUUUGCCAUUGAAAACAUGUCAUGUUGGAAACUUUAAACAAUAUAUUAAGUGUAUGUUGUUAUCUGUUUCAAUGCUGUUUUCAUGUGCAUCAAGGAUGUGUGUAUAAGUGAUAUAUACAAUGUAGUAUUUGAGUAUGUAUAAGUGAUAAACAAAUGUGUAUGCAUUUGUUAAAUUGUUUUAUUUUAUCGGACACAAUAUAACAGAGCAGAAUAGCAUGUUGGUAUGACUGUCAAAAACAGAUCUUACUCGUUACUGUUGUUUCAUUAUUUAUGAUCAUUCAACUGGAUUGAAGGAACUUAUUUGGUAAGUUGUAAUGUUGAAAGUUGCAGAUUUAGUAUUUUAUAUAAACUUACUUUGACCAUACAAAUAUUGCGUUCUUCUGUAAUUCGUAUUCUUCUGCAUGAUUUUUAAUCGGGUAGUGUGUUAAUAAUUUAUAUCUUAUUUUACUCCCAUUAUAAAAAUGGACGCAUUAUGGGAACACAGUUGGCGGGUGGCUAGCAGGCAAAGUCAGGAAAACAUUGUUCUCUCAAUAUUUAAAAAAAAAUGAAAUCAGAUCAUCGUCGUAAAUGUUUUUAAACAUUUGCUAAAUAGGCCUUUUUUCACUCACUUUGUAAUCUCCAAACAAUUGGUUUUGCCGUUUAUUCUUUUCAGAGAAAAGGGUCUUUGAUUGUUUUUUUAAUAUUUAACUGUGAACGUUUGUAAAAUCAUUCCAGUCAGUCUAAGAUGGGUAAUUUUAGACUGCAAUGAUUUUACAAACGUUCACCAGAUUAUUACGCUGGUGGAAAAUGUAUCGGCAUGUUUUGUUUAGUUACAGCGCGUGCUUUUAGACGCGUCUUUUGGGAUGCAUCUUUAAUCCGCUGUUCGCAAGUUUUUAGCUCACCUGAUUGCUGAGGUGAGCUUUUGUUACCGGUCUUUGUCCGUCGUCCGUCCACAUUUGUUUGUAAACACUCUAGAGGCCACAUUUCUUGUCCCAUCUUCAUGAAACUUGGUCAGAAGCUUUGUCCCAAUAAAAUCUUGGUCGAGUUCGAAACUGGGUUGUGCCGUGUCAAAAACUAGGUCACUAGGUCAAAAACAAAGAACAAACUUGUAAACACUAGAAGUCACAUUUCAUGCCCAAUCUUCAUGUAGCUUUGUCAAAAUGUUUGUCUUAAUGAUAUGUUGGUUGAGUUCAAAAGUGGUUCCGGUCCAUUGAAAAACAUGACCGCCAGUGGGCGGGGCAGUUUUCCUUAUUUGGCCAUAGAGAAACCUUGUAAACACUCUAGAAGUCACAAUUUUGGCCCAAUCAUCAUGAAAGUUGGUCAAAACAUUGGUUUUAUUGAUAUCUCGGACGAGUUCGAAAAUGGUCCAGAUCGGUGAAAAAACAUAGCCGCCAGUGGGCGGGGCAUUUUUCUCUAUAUGUAUAUAGUGAAAACAUGUGAACACUCUAGAAGUCACAUUUUUGGCCCAAUUUUCAUUAAAUUUGGUCACAAGAUUUGUUUCCUUGAUAUGAGAGUUGAGUUCGGAAAUGGUUCCGGUCAGUUUAAUAACAUGGCUGCCAGGGGGGGGGGGCAGUUUUCCUUAUUUGGCUUUAGAGAAACCUUGUAAACACUCUAGAAGUCACAAUUUUUUCCCAAUCAUCAUGAAAGUUGGUCAAAACAUUGGUUUUAUUGAUAUCUCGGACGAAAUGGGGGGGGGGCAGUUUUCUCAUAUUUAUAUACAGGGUUCGCACAGGGCUUGAAAAGUGCUUGAAAACUAGUCCUAGGCUUGAAAAGCCCUUGAACACAGGUUGGCCUUGAAAAAGUGCUAGAAAAGUACUUAUUUCAUGUAACAAAGCCUUGAAAAUGUUUAUUUUGUUCAAAAUUACUUUUAUCAUCGCCAUAAACUUAAAUCGUUAUAAAGGAAAAUAUUACGAAAAUUUAUCAUAAAUUCCUUCGCGCAAAAAAUUGAGUACCAAAAUAUAUGUCUUGUACACUAUUGGGUACAAAACAUUAAGUGUACACGUCACAGAUUAUGUGUACUACGUCAGAGGUUCGCCAUUGUGAUCAAUUUUCGCAAGUAAAAAUUCAGCGAUGGGGAAGUGUUUCAAACCAGAGUGGUUAACUGAAUAUUCCUGGCGCUACUUUCUGGUCAUAAACACCGAUGAAAUGCAGAAAAAUGCUUAAAUAAUUACAACUUAUACGAUACGUCAACAUUCUUUAAACAUGAAUAUUCAUGGCGCUAUUUUCUGGUCAUAAAGAAGUUGUCACAAUGACGUUUAUCGUUAUGUUUUGCGCGAAACUUAUGAAUGUUCCUGGGAACAGAAAACAAAUGACAUUUGAAAAGCACAUUGUUGGGUCUAUAUAAAGACCAUUGGUGUCGGGGGAAUGGGUGAAAGCGCUUUGAAAAGCAACGAUAAAGGGGAAACCCACAUGAAAUUGAGAAGCAAACAGGGGUCCUGCAUUGUGCUUUUUGGUGAAACAGGAAGGUGCUAUUGUUAAAACUGUGCAAUCUAAAACAGACAUUAACAACAACAGCCCUAUGAAAUACAAAAUGUUAUAGUAACUGACUUCUGUUUAAAUGAAAUGAACUAGUCUGUUUGAUGUGAGCAUAUAAAGAGACAGUGUGUUUGUAAUAACUUUAAAAAGUAAAUACAUAUGUGAGACUCAUUGAGUUAAGGAUGGAUAACAUUUAUGUGUAUGUAAUAACACUAGAAAUAACACAAAUGAUUUAUUGUGAAAUUAGUUUAAUGUGUUUGAGCAAAUAAAUGAUAUAUACUGUGUUAAUCUGGCUUGAAAAUGCAUUUUUUAAAGGAAACUAAUGUACGGUUCUCAGCCAUGAAAAUGAAAAUUUGGCCUUAAAAAGUCCUUGAAAAGUGCUUGAAUUUAGGUUUGAGAUUUUUGUUUGAACCAUGAUAUAGUAAAAAAAGCUUGUGAACACUCUAGAAGUCACAUUUUUUGCCCAAUCAUCAUGAAACUUGUUGAAAAAUUUGGUUUUAUAUAUAUCACAUAAUUAAUAAUCAUUGCCCUUAGAUUGUCCAAAUUUUUAUUAUAUUAUACAAAAUCCUUGUAAACACUCUAGAGGUCACAAAUUUGUUUAAGAUUUUAUGAAUCUUGGUCAAAAUAUUUAUUUUUGUGAGCAAAGUUUGAUGUUUGGUAAGGGGGGUCAACUCAAAACAUAGGUCACCAGGUCAAAUCUUACAAAAACAAAAUCACUCCAUAUGCCAAAGUUUUGGUUCAAUAAUGAUGAAACUUGACCAGGAUGUUUGUCAAGUUUGACGUUUGGUAAAGAUUGGAUGAACUGACUCCUCUCAGGUGAGCGAACUAGGGCCAUCUUGGCCCUCUUGUUUAUUCUUGGUCUGACGUGCAAUAAACCGGUCCUGAAAGGUUUAGAGACUGCAGCGAAUGGUUUAUCACACCUAAUCAACAUAAAAAUGUCAUUAGGGUGUGUUAGCAUGUACACUGUGUAAUCGAUUUCAUGACAUGGGCAUUUUAGCAAACAGAAUCGGACCGACUGUUUGAGAUUUUCAAUCGACCUUUCAUGACUCCAAUCGUUCUAGGACCGACAAAACCGAAAAAAAAUAUAUUGAUAAAAGUGUCUAACAUGUUUGCAUCAUAUCAUGCAUGAAAUAUUAACAGUUGAAAGCAAAAUAUUGUUUUCAUUUCACAACAGACAUUCUUAAAAAUAUACUGUUAAGUGUAUAUCAAACACGAAUAGACUAAUAUCUAGUCUUUAGUUUGUCUGAGCCAGCCAAUUCAUCUGUGAUGAAACUUACCUCUGUUUUGACACAUAUCAGUCUGUGCAAUAUAGCUCUUCAAUGGGUUAUUGUUUUACCAAGUGGAUGGAUUUCUUACUCUUUUUUUUAUGAUGUUUUUUUUUUCUUUAUAAAGUUAUGGUUUAUAGUUAAAUUAAUCUGUCGGGGUAAACAAUUCGAAAAUUUAUUUUUAAAAGUUGUUUAUUUAAGUCUUUUAAAUUAUAGAUAAGAAAUAUGUUUAUUUCUUAUAGCAAUUUGACUUUCAUUCAUAUUUAUAUCUUAAAAUGUCUGAAAUCGAAAAUGUUUUAUAUGAUAUUUUCUGUUACAAAUGUUCAGGUAUUAUUUUUUUUAAAUAACCAGAAAUUAUUUAAUAUUAUUAACUGAAUUUACUGUAAUUGUAUUUCUGUGUAAAAUAUUCAAAUUUUCCUAUUUGCCUGUGUUGUUUGUUACAUGAAUAAUUUCAUGCCGUUCAACUUCUGUUUUACUACUGCAUGAAUGUAUCCUGGAAUUCAUGGCCCUGCUAUUUUCUUAAAAUAGAAUAGAUGGUUUGAACAGUCAUGCUUUUUAAGCAAAAUACGUGUAUUUGAUUUAGUUGUUCUAUUUAUAAACACAAGUCUAUUUAAAUGUGUUUCGAAUUCAUUUUGAAAACACAUUUAUUUUUUAAUAUUAACAUUUUCGUUUUCACUUUUUAAGAUUUAAAAAUUGACAUAUAUUGAUGUCAUGGUUAUCAUUAUUUUAUUUGUAUUAAACCUGCAUGCUGUUGCCAAUAAAUUAGAACUGUCCAUAAAGGCCACACCUGUCCAUAAAGGCCACACUUAUGUUGCAUUCCGUUUGUUACUCCAUUUUUCAAAAUAUUGAAAACCAGUAUUUAUUGUGUGUAUAAUGUUCAGAAAAUCAUUUUUAUGUUUUACUUGUUUCACCAUUUUGUAUUGUCAAUAGUGUACUGCUACGGUAUUGCUAUCAUUUAGAUGUUACAUUGUACCAGUAUUAUAUGUAUCAUAAUGCGUUUGUAACCAAUAGUAUGUAAGAUGUUAUUGUAGAAUAAUGAAUUAUGUCGUAGGUCAUAAAGACAUGUUUUGUAGCUAUCACAAAUAUUUAAUCUUCAACAGGUAGCUUGACACGUUACUCAAGCUAUUUUUAUUAGCAUAAUCUUGUUACAUAUAGUUGUUGUUGAUCUGAAGAUUUAUUAAUAAAAUAAAAUCGAC